AUGGGUAAUCCGUGGCGGAAACUAUCUUGCCGCAAAAGAGCGCUCGAAGAGUCGAUCAAGAUUCAAACAAUAAUGAACACACCCUCGACACCAACACCACAAACACCAACAAUACGCAUAUUCACAUCGCAGUCCUCCUCGCCCCGACCAGCACAUGAUGAAUGGGACAACGUCGACGACUUCGACCCCUUCCCCGUAGAAGAAUCCUCCGAUUCCCCGUCUUCCACUCAGUCUCCUUUCACUCCCUCGCCACCCGAAGAAAUAGCAAGAGAAGAAAUAACAAGUGAAUUUGCUGACUCUCAUCGAAAUUCCUCUGAUAUAUUUCAAAAGAUGGGCCAUUGGUUCUACAAUUCACGUGUUGUACAGUAUAUGAAGUCUGAUGAGAGAUCGCGAGUGAAGCACUCGUAUUCGACAAGUCCAAUAUGGAUGCUCGGGGUUGUGUAUAAUUUUACAGAGAAUGACGGUCCAAUAAGUCUUCCAAAAUCAGAUCGGGGUGAACAUGCCCGUGGCGGUCGAGCAUCCUCCAUAUUAAAUUUCGUAUUAUUUGGAGGAUCAGAAGACGACGACGACUUUGACAUUUUCAAACUACACGAACGGACCACGAGCGAAGACACGGGCCGUCAACGAUUUAGCAAAACACGCUCGUUUUCCACUUCAAAUGCUCUAGAUCAAGCACAUGUAUCGCACAAAGGAAAAGAACGAAGUUCUACAGGGGUUGGAUCGCCGAGUUUGAAGCCUAGUAUGAAAGGACGAUUGCGAUCUUUUUCAUUUUCAAAGAAGAAUGAGUCGUCGCCUGAUUUAUCACAAUUAAAUGCAAAUGGGGAAUCGAGUAGUAAAGGACUAUCAGAAGCGAACAAUUAUUUACAUGCCCGCCGUUUGUCAGGACAUAAUCUUAAUCGAGGCUCUGCCCUGACUGAGCCAUCUAGCCCCACGCAGCCGGUUAGCCCGCAUGGUAUUCCGUGGACCAAAAACAAAAAGCCUCGUCGUAUGAGUGUUGCGAGUCUCUUUUCACUUAAUCGGGAUAAGAAAAAUGCCGCUUCUCUACCAUCACCUAAACUAUAUCCACACAUUGAAAACGAGCAAGAUCGUAACCCCAAGCUUCCAACUGGAACACGUCGCGCGUCAUACGCAGACGAUUUAUUGUUUCCUGAUGACAGCCGCUUGUCAUCUGGAGACAGUGACACUAGUGACGGUACAUCUCGUCUAGGCGAAUCCGACAGAGAAGAAUCAUCCGUUGAUGGAUAUUCACUAGGUCGUGCAAUAGCAACAGCAUCCAGAGACUUUGUAUCUGCACACAGAGGUAGUCUACCUUCAAGAGGUGAAUAUGCGAUGGAUAAGAGACCAAAGUCAGAAGCGGGAUCCUUGAGAAGUACAAAGUCGGCCCCGCCUAUGGCAACGAGUUUAUAUUACCCGGAAUCAGUUGGGCAAUUGUCAUCUAAUCAGAAUACGUUAAUGGAGUUUUUGUACGACUUUCAGUCAAGGAUAUAUUGUUGCUAUCGAAAGGAAUUUCCGCCGAUUGAACCUGCGUUUCAUACGUCAGACACUGGCUGGGGAUGCAUGCAUAGAACGGGACAGAGUUUGCUGGCACAGGGAUUUCUGAUAGUGUUACUUGGGCGCGGUUGGCGAUUGCACCAUCAUCAACCGCCUGCAGACGUGGUGACAUACCGAAAAAUUCUUCGUUGGUUUCUGGACGGGCCUGAUCCUGAACAAUAUUACUCGAUACAUAAUAUCGCCAGAAUGGGAGUGAAACUGGACAAGAAGAUUGGUGAAUGGUUUGGACCUUCUACAGUGGCAUAUGCAUUAAAGCGAUUAUCUGUUCAGCAUAAAGAAUGUCCAUUAGCCAUCCACAUAGCGUCCGAUAAUUCUAUAUAUCGAAACGAAGUACUAUCAUUAGCAUACGGUGAAUUGGAUACAUAUCCAUUCACAGAACAGAAAACAUGGAAACCAGUGCUCAUUAUGAUACCGAUUAGGCUCGGUACAGAUAAACUUAAUGCAAACUACUCGCAGAACUUAAAGGCAUUAUUUACCUUUCCGCAAUUUCUUGGGAUUGCUGGUGGGCGACCUUGCCGAUCAUUAUACUUUGUUGCCAUACAAGACAACGAGCUGCUAUAUUUAGAUCCUCACUUCGUUCGGCCAGCACUCAAUCUUGACAAUUGCCAAGAAUGCCCGAUUGAGGACUAUCAUUCAACAAUAGUAAGGGCAAUGGAUAUAUCCGAAAUGGAUCCAUCUAUGUUGCUUGGAUUUAUUUGUCAAAGCGAACAAGAAUUUAAUGAUUUCUGUGAUCGAGUAGAAAGGGAUAUGGAUUCACGUUUUCCCUUCUUCACAGUAAUGGAUGCAAGUCUGCCUCCUGGCUCGUGGACAUCAUCUCGUCGACUGAGCGACGUGUCGUCCUCAACGUCGGAGAUUGAGUCGGACUUUGUAGAAGACAUUAGAGACAUUACAGAUAAUAGAGUAUCUACAUCUAAAGAUUUUGCUAGUACAGAAGAUGAUACCGUUAAUGUGUCGAGAGAAGAUGUCGAAGAGAGUCUGCAUAUGGACAGUGUAGAAGAAGAUUUGGGAAUAGAAGAGAGGAUGUUAUCAGCACGGAGACGUGAGUCGGCUGUUAGUGAUAAUUACGAGAUGUUGUAA